AACUCCCUCCACCACCAUCCCCGCCCCUGCCUCUCCCCGCGAUCAAGCCGGCCGGAGCGAGGCUGAGAUAAUUCCGGGGGCGGAACUUUCCUCACGGCUCUCCUGCCUGAGGCGAGGCAGGAAAAGUGCCCGCCUGGGGUAGCCCAGGUGAAGAGGCUCGCUCUGCUUGCGCGCUGGUGUCCGGAGUACUUCCAGACAGUCGAAGAGUAACUUCUGCGUUGCCAAAAAUCACAGCCCGACAAAUCCAGGGAGAUGUUUUCUGCACUGUGGCUUACUUCUUGGAUUUACCUCCUUCAUUUUUCUUUCAGCUGUUGUGAGGAGGCCAUUGUUAGUUUAUCCGCUAAAGGAGAGCCAGGAACUGUCUCUUGUCUAUCAGGUAGCCAAUCUAACCAUGUUGUGACUUGGUAUAGAAAAGAUAUUGAGAUGCCUAUAACUACAGAUAACUCCUCCCGGGUUUUUCAGCAAGCAAACUUGCUUUGGUUUUAUCCUGCAAAACUAGAAGAUUCUGGAAUGUAUCGAUGCAUUUAUAACUCCACAAGAGUUAAUAAAUCCCUAAUAGUGUUUGAGAACAGCGUUGGAUUGUGUUUUAAUAAAGGAAUGGUUUUUGAACAGAAAAUUCCAUUAGAAUAUAAUGGGAAGCUGACUUGUCCAGAUCUUCAAAAUUUCAGAAAUGCUGAAAAUGCUCCUUUUGCUUUACAAUGGUAUAAGGGAUGCCAUUUGCAUUUAUAUGAAGACUGGAAAUUUAGCAGUUCUGGAGAACAUCUUCUCAUUAAUAAUGUAACUAAGGAAGAUGAAGGAAUUUAUAUAUGCAGAGCUAAACAUAUAUAUCAGGGGAAAGAAUAUAACAUUUCACGGGCCAUCAAACUAAUUACGUUUGAAACACCAAAGAAAUAUCCAGAUAUAAUUUAUCCAAAUAACAACUCAAUUGAAGUAAAACCAGGUUCCAGAUUUGACCUGAUAUGUAAUGUCUCAGCAGAUCCUCUGGAUAAAAUGGUAAUUGUAACCUGGAUGUUCGAUAAUGAGAUAUUAAACACAAAUGAGAAGGUUCAGUUUCUUUCUGGAAAACAAAUAAUAGAAGUAAAAUUAAACAUUUCCAAAGUGAAAGACAGGGAUUAUGGAAAAUAUUUGUGUGAAGUAUGGUCUGAACGUGUGAUACAAGUAGCAUAUGUAAUGCUAAAUUAUCCAGCUCCAAACGUUCAGAUUUAUAUGAUUGGAGGAUUGAUUUCACCUUUGUUUAUUAUAGUAGCAUCACUGCUCACUUACAAAUUUUUCAAAGUUGACAUUGUCCUUUGGUACCGGGAUUCUUGCCAACAUCUCAGCAAAGGAACUUCAGAUGAAAAGGUUUAUGAUGCAUAUGUGUUAUAUCCUCACAAUGUAUCAGGCUCUGUAUAUUUGACUGAAACCUUUGUCUUCAAAUUAUUACCUGAAAUCCUAGAAAAACAGUGUGGUUACAAGCUCUUUAUUCUUGGAAGGGAUGAUAUGCCAGGGCAAGCUGUCAUUUCUAUUGUGGAUAAAAUGAUCAAGCUAAGCAGGAGAGUGAUCAUUAUUUUAAUGCCAGAUCUAUAUUGUGGUGGCAGGCAGAAUUUGUUCUCUGAACAGGAACUUGCAGUCUACAGUGCUCUUAUACAGGAGGAAACCAAAGUUAUACUGAUUCAGCUAGACAAAAUAAAAGAUUUCAAUAGUAUUCCAGAAUCCCUCAGAUAUCUUAAGCAAAAGCAUGGCAUACUCACAUGGAGCGGAACUUUUACAGAAACCACUGAAAUGGCAACUACAAGGUUUUGGAAGAAUGUGAGAUACCAGAUGCCAGCCAGUCCAAGCCCACUUUCCUCAAACUUUCAUUUUUUGCCAAUAACUUUUCACUCUUCUCAGAUAUCAGAUGGAUGAUGUCAAAGCCACACCUGCAGUGUUUACUUGAAAUCUAUUCCAGUGGAUCCUUAUAGAUGCACAAACCUGUGCACCUGCUAGAGAUUGUUCCAAGUCUUGGAUCAACAGAAACACAAUUCAGAACAGUAUUUUCUGAAAGUUUAUUUACCCAUAGGCUGUGAAGUGCAUGAGCUACUUGGGCAAGUGGCAAAAUAAUGUGAAUGCUGGACAAGGAAGAAGUUGAAAUUGUUUUUGCAUAC